AUUUCCGGCUCAAAAUUAUGGGCAACCAAAAAGUUACCCGCACCCUUUGUUUGAAGUUUUGCUAGAAAAAUAUACUUUUUACUCUUACCUUUGCUGAAGAGUGUUUCAUAUAACUUCGUAACUUCAUUAUACAUUUGUGUUUGAUACGCAUCACAAUAAAUUAGUUAUUGCCACUUAGAUUUAGAAAUAAACGAUUGUAAAUGUGAUCGGUUUGGUCUUCCCUACUCAGUCCGUACUCAGUAACAGUCACACAUGUCGGCAUCAGCGACAGUCGACGACACUCUUUUCGGCUGUCUUGUCUUUGGCCAGUCAACUUAGAUCUAGAGUCUAGAUCUAACCUAAUGUCAAGUAGAUCGAGACAGCCUAAAUAUCUAGAUAGAACAGUAGAUCUAAUCACUCCAGCGUAGGGCUGUCAGAUCUAGGUCUAUAAAUUCUAGAUUUCAUAACCGCAAAAUUGUGACCACUCAGUAAAGGAUAAAGAGAUAUGCUCAAUAUGCAAGCACUGUUCAUGAGUUGACUGCCAAAACUGUACUAGCUUAAAUUUACUUCAGUUUGUUAACAGCAUGGCACCAUCUAGGAAAAGAGUCUUAGGGCAAGAGUCUGAUGUUGAGGUGGUUCUUGGUAGAAGGUCAAGAUCUGGUGUUAGUCCUGCUUCUAAACAAGAAAAAAGUCAACCUCAGGCAACAGCGAAAAAAGCUAAAGUUGUGACUGCUUCAACAGAUUCUAAAAUUGACAAGAAAAAAAUCAGUGACAUUUCAUCACCAAAGCUACGCAGUAAUACUUCAGGUACUAAGUCAACUAAAACAAAUGAAGAGGCUGAACUACCACCAACAAGGAAGUCAAAAGCAGCUGAACAGUCAGUAGCAAUUGUACCAGAGAGCUCUUCAUCUACUCUCACUAGGAACCGUAGCAGCAGCAGGAUUAGUGCUGCUGGCGUAACCCAGAAAACUGCUGAAGAGUCUAAUGUCUCUACAAAAAAAUCAGAACCAAAAUCAACACCCAAACAAGAGCAGGGUAAAAGUCCUGCCUCUAAGAAUGAGAAAAAAACAGCUACCCCUACAGUAUCCUUCAUUAAAAAUAAAAAACCAGUUUCUGCAGAAAGUAAAAUUUUACCUGAACAAGAAAGUCAUGCCGAAGAUGCCUCUGAUGGUGAAAAGGGGAUAGGCCUUAACAGAGUUUCAAGGUCUGGAACAAAGAAAGAGCAGAAAAUGGUAUCGCAGAAAUCAGAAGAAAGCUGCGACAAUAAAACACCAAUUAAAAAUGAACCGGUGAGAUCACGACAGUCUCGAUCUUCCACUCGGCAAGUACUUGAUAAAAAUGCAGAUGAAAGUAAAUCAGGUUUGCAAGAUAGUAACAAUGUAAAAGACACAGUUGACAAUAAAUCUAGACUGUCAGAACCAUUACUAGGAACUAGAAACACCAGAAGCGGUCCUAAACCACUUUUAACUCCUGAUGGAAAAUCUGGGCAACAACAGAAGCUGCCUCAAAAAGCUUUAAAACGAACACCCCAGGCAUCAGCAUUGUGUGAUCUUGUCCAACAAGAAAGAAAAAAGAGAAAAGAAGAACACGAAUCACAUGCUGCUACAGAAAAAAAAGGGCAAAUCGAAAUGCUGGAAGCAGUUGAAUACACUGGGCAAAUGGGAAUUGAGAAGGAUGAACAUGAAAGUAAACCUACUGUUACGUUGGAUUUAGAAAAAAUCAAUAAUGAUGUAAAUUUGGCUGAAACAAACUGUGAAUUAGAUUCUUCAAACAAAACGGUGAGCAUAACUGAGAAGGACAUCAAAACUGAAGCAGAGACAGAAGGUUGUGAGAUGUCUUUGGUUGAAAAAACAAUUGAUUUAUCUAGUGAUGGCAUCGCCUCUCCUACAAACUGUUCUGAUUUUGAUGUUGAUAAAGUUAAAACUGAAAUAAUUGAAUCUCCUGAAACAGUUGUGGAUCAAAGCUCAAGUGAUUUAAAAGAUGUGUUGAAAAUAGAAGAGUAUGAAGAAUGCUCUGAGCUGAUGGUUGUAGAAGACAGUUCUGUGAGUAGCAUGCAUGAAGGUGAGGUUAAAGUUGAACCUGAGACAGACCAUCCAAAGCAAGCACAUCAACACAUUUUGACAGAAGCUGAAGAUUAUUCAGAAUCACACCCAAAGAUUAAAGAAAUCAGCUCCAUCAAUGACAGCACCUUUAAUGAUUCUGAAAGGGAUGCUAGCGUCUUACAGAGUCAUGAAGCUGGUAGUAAUAAUGAUACUGCAAAUAAUGAAAAUGACUCUUCAGACAAUGCUAAAGAUAGUGAAGUUCCAUGUGUUGAAAAUCUGGCAAGUGAUGUUAGUCCUGGCAGGAGUGACACAGAUGUUUUAGCUAGUGCUACGGAAAUGUCACAAGAAAAUUCAGUUGCUGUGAAAGAUAGCUCUUCAGGUAUUGAUACUCCAUGUGUCAUUGGCGAUGAACUUUCCUCAAAUGGAGAGGAAGAAAAUCUUGAUGGUGUAAGUAAAUCUGGAGAACUAAAAGAAUUAAGAAAUGAUAACGCUGAUUUGCAAAAUAUUUUUGACACUGAGAUCAAGCAAGAGAUCAAAGAUGAAUGCGAUUAUGAGGAUGUAGAGAUUACAUCCACACAGAUGGAGUUUACCCCUGAUGAAAUAAAGGACGAGAAGGAAGAUUUUGAGGUUGUAGCAGAGUGGAGCUCCUCUCAAAAAUCUUCAACUGCUUUUAUUUCUGAAGAAAGAAAUGAAGAAUUUUGCAGUUCUGAGGCAGAAUUAGAAAGUAUGGAAUCUCCUGGCCAGGAAAAUUUAGAAACCUCUCAAGCACAAGAAGGUGAUAAAAUUCUCUCAAAACAUUCAUUUCCUUCUAAAUCAAUAGUGGUAAAAGAGUAUGCAGCAUCUUCUGCAGCCAAGUUUUUAAACAGGAAUCGUCCUUCCUUUGUUCAUGGAAAAAUUAUUAGGUCAACAAAUACAUCUCAAAGUCCUUUAACAAUUUUAGAUGCAGAUGACUCUCAGUCCCCAUUGCCAGAAGUUCCAGAAAAUGUUUCUGAUGGCUCUACCCCACAGUCAUCCUCAGAUGAUCAGUCUCAGAUCAAGUUCCACCUAGCAUCUGGCAAGACAGCUGUCAUUAAUGUGAAGAAACUUAGUGCCACAGAUAAGGCUGAUCUGAACACCAUCCACAUUAACAGCACCCCACUCAGUAUUGGUAACAUUAACAAAUCUGUUUUUAACAAGUCAAAUAGCUCCAGCAACCUGAAACUAACAAGUAAUAAGGUGAGCUCUAAUUCAAAAAACCUUGCUUCGUUUACUUUUCAAAUGACUGUCACUCAGCCUGGGGGAUCAGAAAGCAGUGAUGCUCCUAUCAUCUGUUCACUGCCAAUAGUGAAAACACAGGAGAAGGAAAAGGAAAAACCAAAAGCUGACAAGUCCAUUGUUAUUGACCCAUCCAAACCACAAAUGUUCAGCAAGGUUCCUGCUGGGUUAGUGUACCAUUCCACCUUGACUAAUCCUAAAACAAAGGAAAUCAUCUCAAUGCUCACAUCCAAGCCCUCAACCCAGACUACAACCAGCAACCCUGUUACAGCUGUUUCACUUCUAACAGGCAAGCCAACUGUAGUUUCACGAUCUGUAUCAUCAACAACACCUACCACAUCUAAUACAGUAUCUGUGUUGAACUCAGCAUCAGUAUCAUCUUUGAUAUCAAUAACUAAACCUUCAGAUGCAGCUGCUAGCAAUAAAAAGUUACUCUUACAAAAGUACAGCCCAGAUGACAUGGAUGAUGAUGAUAUUUAUCCAAACACAGAUGGGAGCAUUUUCCCUAAAAGAUCAAAGGAAUGUCCAUGUCCUGGUUGUGAUGGGCUUGGUCACAUAACAGGGCUUUACACACAUCACAGAAGCAUUUCAGGUUGUCCAAAAAGAUCAGAAAUUCCAUUGGAAAUGCUUGAAUCCCUACUAAGAAAUGAACAAAGCCUUAGAUGUCCAACCCCAGGUUGUUCUGGUAGAGGCCAUAUUAACAACAACAGAAGUACACACAGAAGUUUAUCAGGUUGUCCUCUUGCCGCUAUGACAAAGCUGAUGUCACAACCACAGCAAGGUGGGAAAGCAAUGCAUGUGGUUGUUCUGCCCAAAAGUGAUGAUCCUACAAAAGCAAUGAUAGCUACCUGCACAGAAAAGGAUCUUAUCAAACUUGCUGCUAAAGAAUUUACCCCAGGUACAUUUUUUAAAGGUGGGACAGAUCGUGUUUUGAGGCCAAUGAUUUUAACUAAACAGCUUGAACCUAGGGACAUCAAAUCAACACCACAGCCCACACCCAGGGGGAACUUAGCAAAGGAGCUGGAAAAGUAUAGCCGGCCUGAAAUAUCCUUUAACAACCAAGAAGGCACAAAAUUUGAAAUGAGAAACGCAUUAGAUAUAAGACUAACUUCAGUUGAAGGUGCACAGAGUGAAUCAAAUAAGUCAAAGCCAUCUCAGAGUACUACUCAUCAGUCAGGCCAUGCACCAGUCAGACCAAAUAUAUUGUCUCGCAGGCCCCAUAUGCGCCACAAACCAAACUUGCUGAGGAACUCAAUCGGAUCAACGGGAAAUAAAAUACUUGAUAGUGCAGGCUCUGUAAGAAGUUCCAGCCCAAGUUCAACAUCUUCCUCAUCCUGUGUAUCGUUGCUGUCAUCGGUCAAUGGACAGAAAGUAGGGCCAUCUGAAGCAGCUGAGAACGGGUCAAACAUAAGCAGUGAUGAAGAUGAAGAUAUUGAUAAUUCAAGUAUCAUCAGCGGUGGCCAACUGUCCAGUCGUUGCCCUUCCCCUUGUGCUAGUCCUAAGUCGUCUCCUUCUCCAAGCCAACUGUUUGAUUACAUGGGACCUCGUUUAGCCUCCAGGCAGAAGUCUGAAGCCACCUGUCCCACCCCAGGGUGCGAUGGCUCAGGCCAUGUUACUGGCAACUACACUUCUCACCGUAGCCUGUCAGGCUGUCCUUUGGCAGACAGAGCUACUGUACAGGCUAACCAGGUGGAACAAAAGUGCCCCACUCCAGGCUGUGAUGGUUCUGGCCAUGUAACAGGCAACUAUGCCUCACACCGAAGCCUCUCUGGUUGUCCCCGAGCAGCCAAAAUAAAGAAAAUACUGAUGAAAGAGGGUGAAAGGAAAGAAGCUGAGGACCCACUACGCUGCCCUGUCCCAGGAUGUGAUGGAUCAGGUCAUGUGACUGGAAAAUACCUGUCACAUCGGAGUGCAUCAGGUUGCCCCAUAGCAAACAAGCACCGUGGUACAAAGAUUUCCCUGCCUAGCUCAGAUCUACAAGAACUUGAUUUAUUAUCUUGGGACAGCAAUGUUCUGUGCCCUAUCAUAGGCUGUGAUGGGUCAGGGCACUCGAGUGGAGGCUUCAACUCUGGUGGAUGUCCUAAUGCUGCUGUUGUCAUGAAGCAUGCUCAGAUGUCACAGAAGGAGUUGACUGCUCUACAGGUCAAAGCACAGGCCGGUGAAGAUUUAGAAGACACAAAACUCCAAAGUUUAAAUGAAGAAAUAGAAAAGAUGAAAGCUGUCAAUGAGGAACUGGAAGCUAAAGUCUCUUCCAGACAAAGCCAAGUAGCAUCUAAAGAGCAGGAUGUUAUGAAGAUUGUUUGUCAGAACGAGGCAGCAGAACUUCGGAUCAAAGAGCAAAGGAACAAGUUACUCUCUCUCCAGGAGAAGCUUGUAGCAGCCUUGAAGCCGGUCAUCUCCCAGUGCAGUGAGCUGCAGUUGAGUGGUGAGUUGACCGCUGACAGGGUGCUAGAGCUUGUCCGGAACAUUCAACUUGUUCAGAGUAAACAAACCUGUGGAACUGACUCAGUCAUGGAUGCCAUCAAAUCUGCUGUUGCUCAGAUCACUGUGUAAAAGCUUGUUGGCCUAGUUGAGCAUAAGAUGGCUCAUUUAUUUUUGUUUUGAAUUUCAGUUAACAUAAUUUCUGAAUCAAUGUAGAAAAAUCUAAUGGAUAUCAUGAAUUGUCAUUGUUUGUAAUAAAAUUUAUAAAUUAUAAUUUUUUUAAAACAGAUGUUAGUAACAUCUUUUAACUUCUAAAGACACCAUUACUAAAUCAAAUAUGUGACUAAUAGAAGGAUUUUCCUUUUUAAUUUCUGCUAUUUUCUUUUUAAGUUUGUUUGUGCAAUAUCAAUACUUGCUAUUGUAUUUCAUGACUUUAUGAGCUAAGAGAUGUUACAAUUGAUACUUUAAAUUUAAGCAGACAUAUUUUUACUCAAUAUAUUGUUAAGAAAAAAGAAUGUUGACAUUUUUUUGUCACUUUGUAAAUGAUUAUACACUUUGAUUUUUGAAGAUUUUUUUUUAAUCUGCCAAAUAUUGAGGGUUUUUUUAUGUUGACAUAAAUGGUUAUCAAUGUUGUGUGGUAAUAUAAUUUCAAAGUGACCAAAUUAUUUAUUUUUACACUUGUUUCUGUAUUUAUCAUUCCUUCCACCCAGUACCAUAUCUGACUCAAGGGGCAUGUUGCAAUCCUUUUUUUUUCUACCUUAAUUGUAAAAUUUUUGUUUAAUUUAAUAUCAAUCUAGUGCAAUACUCUAUGAAUGUUCAUGUUUAAAAGAACAAAACUUAUUAUAAAUCUAUGAAUUUGUUGUGAAAUUUGUUUUAAAGCAUUAGGAUUUUAUUUUGUGAUUUAUACCCAAGAAAUUUUUUUAAAUGUAAUAGUUUUAUUUAAUAACACAUCUCAAAAAAUAUCUGGUACAUUCCAUUUUCAGUACAAGUACAUUAAUUUCCAUUGUUUAAUAGGUCUUGUUUUCAAUUAUCUGUAAAUUUUGAGCAAUUAUACAUUCAUGGCAUUUUGGUUUAAAUAUUUGUUUAAGUACUGCUAAUUUACAACUGUUUAUUUUGAAUUUCCUGUAAUAAAUAUUUAUCGU